AUGGCGUCUGUCGUCUUCGUGCGCUUGGCGUUUUUAUGGAUGCCGACUGCAGUCGCAGUCCAGCUGCUUGCAGCCAGCAAUUCCUCUAACCCCUGGAUGCUGUAUGCAAACAUCAACCCCUGCGAUGGUGGGAAUAUGGGGUACGGGGCAUCCGCGUGGUACGGCAGUGCUGGGAGCGCCGCCACAAGUCUUACGAACGACUUCGUCGACGGCACAGUGGGGACUGCUCCGGUGAAGUACGUCACCAUCGCUCGGCACGCCGGCGGUGCAUGCGAGAUGUCGAAGACGUGGGAGCUUACGAGCAGCACCAAAUCGAUGCAUGACUAUUUUUCUGACCACAACCCUGGGAGGAUCUAUGCCACGGGGGAUGGCAGCGCCAGCGACACCCACAUCGCAUCGGACAUGCCGUCAUCUUUCAGUGGGGAUGGCACGCCGGGGGACCCGAUCUUUGGCGCCGAUGGUGGCUUGGUGUUCAACUGGUGGUAUUCGAACAAUGGAGCUCGGGUUGCUGUUCCUGGUGGCUACAAGACCCCGUACUCUCUUCCGGGAACCGGGGAGAACAACGACGACCUCCACGGUCUGGGCAACGAGUUCGGUGCUAACACUCAAGCUGGUGGAGGGAGUGGCAGCUGGUGGCACGACGCUGCCAAAAUCAUGGGGGACUGCCACGGCACUUCCUGCCAGGUGCUUGGCAGCGACCACGGAAGUGCGUGGGGGAGCACGGACUUUGGCUGCUGGGGCAGCUACGCCAUCUACGUGUCUGCUGCUCUGUCCACUUUCCCCUGCCAGGGCUCGACGCUGUCGGCGCAGGUGUCGGGGGCGGCAGCGGGCGGAGCGGGGGGCGCGGCUGCCGUUGGCGAUCCCCACCUGCGGAACGUUCACGGUGAGCGCUUCGACUUGAUGAAGCCGGGCAAGCAUGUUCUGAUCAACAUCCCCCGUGGAGCGGGCGCUGAACGUGCCUUGCUUCGCGUGCAGGCCGACGCGCGCCAGUUGGGCGGACAGUGCGCGGAUAUGUACUUUCAGGAGCUGAACGUGACGGGGUCGUGGGCGGAGGCGAAACAAGCUGGAGGUUAUCAUUUCAGCGUGUCGCAAGGUGGCGACGUCGCGACUCCAGAAUGGGUUGCUUUCGGUAAGGUCGUGCUCAAAGUCGUUCAUGGGCGCACGGACAGUGGUCUGUCGUACUUGAACGUGUACGUGAAGCAUUUAGGGCGAGCAGGAUUUGCCGUGGGAGGUCUGCUGGGUGAAGACGACCACACGGGCGUAGUCACCCCUCCAGAGGCAUGUGCCAACCGCUUGGCCCUGGUUGACAGUACGGAGGGGGGCCAAACAGCUCCCUCAGUGCUCUCAGUCGCAGAGGCAAGCCUCGCUUGA